AUGAAAUCUCUAGUCAAAGUUUUUGAUAAUGUUUCUGAUUGUGUCGGAUAUUUAAUUAUGAAUGAAGAUGGUUCGAUUGAACAUAAUCAUGGUGAUUUACAAAAUAAUGAAAAUGCUGCAAAUUUAAUUUAUAAAAUGAUUUUUUUUUCAAAUGAUCAUUAUGUCGAUUGUAUUUCUUGUGCCAAUCAUCGAAUUUAUGUUGCUAAACGUCGAAAAGAAUCAUCGACGAUUGCUUGA